ACUCUUGUAUAUUUUUCGUGGAAACACUCAGAAGCACUCUCGGCUCCAGUUUCAAGAAUCUAGGCUCUUCAUUGCGACAAAAAGAACUAUUUGCUGAGUGUUUGAUCUCAGGAUUUGAAGAAAUGCUAAAGCUCGAGGAUAUAUGCUCGAAGUAUGUGACUGCAAAAGACGGUGCUGAUGUGCCUGAUAUCAAUGCGGUUAUAGCAGGAUACACUGACAGAAACCAAACGAAGUUCCUUUCUGCAAAAGGAGUCAAGAAUAUAAAUACAGGUGCGAGGGCUUCAACAGAUGAUAUUUUGUGUUUUUUUAGUUGCACGAAACCCAUGACUGCGAUGGCAGUACUCAUCCUAUGGGAGCGGGGACGAAUUGAGUUGGAUGUACCAGCAAAACGAUACCUCCCGGUACUCAGUCGCUUUGGUGUUAUUGAAAAUGAUCAGAUUGAUCCAAAAACUGGAGAUUUAAAAUCUGUACCAAAGCUUCCCGAUACAGAUAUCACCAUAAGACACCUUUUGCUUCACACCUCUGGGUUCGCGUACACCUUUACCAAUGUUGACUAUUUAAAGAUCAUUUCGAAAAAGCGGCUAUUCUCUCCUCUGCUUCAAUUGUUCAGUCCCUCAAAUAUGCCACUUGUUUUUGAGCCAGGGUCUGACUGGAUUUAUGGACACAGCUAUGACUGGCUUGGCCUUAUCGUCCAGGCAGUUUCGGGCAAAAAGCUAUCUGAAUUCUUAAUUGAAAACGUGUUUUCAAGAGCUGCAAUGACAAGCUGCACUUUUAAAGUAAGUGAGCCACUGAAUAUGAUAUGUUUACAUGAUAAGUCCAAAGGCAGCUUGAAGUUGUAUGAAAAAAAACUCUCUGUUCCUCUUAUUUCAGAAAUUGAUAUGGGUGGUCAAGGCUGUUUCGGCACUGUAGGUGAUUAUUUGAAAUUCAUGAGGAUUUGGCUCAACCACGGGAUAAGUCCCGAUACUGGGGCGCGUAUAUUGACUAAAAAAACAGUCGAAUAUGCGGUGCAGAAUCAUCUUCCAGCAGGCCAAGCUACAAACUUCCCCAUACCAUUUUCGGACCAAAGUAAUGGCUAUAGCUUGGCUGGAUGUGGCUACAGUGGUAAAGAAGUGGAGACAGGACGACCAGUUGGUGCUUUGUACUGGGCAGGGCUUGGCAAUUUAUACUUCUGGAUGGAUAUAAAAAAUGGAUGUGCUGGAUUUUGGGGAUGUCAGAUUUUGCCCUACAUGGAUAGCAGUUGCAUCAAAGGCUUCAAGGAGUUUGAAAAAGCAGUUUACCUCAAGUAUGUGGGAAGCCAGACAAAGCUUUAAAAAUUGAGAUGAACAAGCAUUCUUUGAAAAUUUUCAAUCUUAUGCUUCAAAAAUUGCAUUGGAAACGCAUAGUGGUCAAAAUCCCAUACCUGAUGAACAUCAUAAAAGCUGCUUAAAUGUGUAAACAUAUUGAUGGAGUCCCUUGAGGCGUACCAUAAAUAUAAAGAAUAUUAAAUUAAUUUGUUGUAGCUGACAUAAAUAUC